UUCAAUAUUUAACCUUUUUUAAACAGUUUAGGAAAACUUUAACUUACGCGACUGAAGCAUUUUAGAAUCUCUUCACAAAACUAAUUUCCUAAAAUAUAAUGGCUGCUUGUCCAAAGUUUACUUGGCCAUUAAAAAAAUAUGCAAAAUUCCUGAAAAAUGAUGAAAUGAAGAAUUUUCAAGAUCAAGAUGAAGAAACAGAAACCAUGGCCGUUGCAUGUAAUGGUGGUUGGAAGCUUUAUUCAGGAGAAAAGGGCGAUUUAUUUUUGUCCUACUUGGCAUCUGAUCACUUGCUCCUGACAAAACAAGACGUGAUCAUGGAAAGUUUCUCACUCCCCUGUUGCAAAGCGUGUCUAAAGGGUGCUGCUAGAUCAGAUAGCAUUCUCAUGUUGUGUAAACUUCAAGAUGGUACGGUGAGAAGAUUCAGAAUCCAAUUUGAUGAUCAUGAUAAUAAAAAAGGAAGCGUGAAUAGAAAACAAUGCACCACUUUGAUGAAAAAAUUUAUUAGAAUUGAUGAUUAUGAUGAUGAUGAUGACAGUGAAAGGCAAGAGACUGCUGAAAUAAACUAUGCACUCUUCGAUAAGAUGAUACUGCGCAAGAGUUACGCUAUUGACGUCCCGAGAGAAAACAUGCAAGAGAUCCUGACCUUGUGCAUGACUGACAUAACCUUCCCCUCAUAUGUAGCAGAGAUUUCGAAAAUGCUGGAUUCGAACAACUGAAAACAUCUCUCCGUCGGAAUUAUUCUCCACUCAAAACAGUUGGAUUGAUUGUAAUCAUUGGAUUGUAAUAAAGAUAAAACACGGAAUGUUUCGACAAAUAAAUACUGA